AAUCAAAAUUAGUGAAUGCACUGCAUCUCUCUGCAGUGAGGAGCAGCGACAAGGUAGGCUGUCAUUCUGCAAAAGCUGCCCAUCGCCAGCUUUCCUCUCAGAAGCACUGCUCUUCUUUUUUAGAAAGCUCGGAUCUCACUGGUGUCUCUGGAGACAAGAAGCCUUCAGUAUGUUAAAUGACUUUCAUUAUGUAUUUUCAGAUGCUUAUUGAUUCUACCGUAGGAAGAGUGGGAGACUGCAGCAGCCUGUAAACCAGAACUAAAGCAGUUGUAUACAUUAGCAGUAUGCUGAAACAAUGGCACAGUACAGGCACAAAUUUUCAUUGAGGUCAUUUUUUGAAGAUAUGCUUAUUACCCUCUUACUCUGCUAACAACAAAAUGAAUCCCUCCAACCUGGAACUGCUUCACCUGCAUCGAGAAUUUACCAAAUCCUUAGUGGAGGAGAAAAGCCAACUGCAACAAAAGAAUGUGUUUCUCCCCCAUUCUGGAAGUCAACAUGCAGUCUGAAUCUAACAUUACAGUUCGAGAUGCCAUUGAUGACAUCGAUACCAACAUGUACCAACCACUGUCAUAUCCAUUAAGCUUUCAAGUUUCUCUCACUGGAUUUUUGAUGCUAGAAAUUGUUUUGGGACUUGGCAGCAACCUCACCGUGCUGGUACUUUACUGUAUGAAAUCCAACUUAAUCAAUUCUGUCAGUAACAUAAUUACAAUGAACCUUCAUGUACUCGAUGUAAUAAUUUGUGUGGGAUGUAUUCCUCUAACUAUAGUUAUCCUUCUGCUUUCACUGGAGAGUAACACUGCUCUCAUCUGCUGCUUCCACGAGGCUUGUGUCUCUUUUGCAAGCGUUUCAACCGCAAUCAACGUCUUUGCUAUCACUCUGGACCGAUACGACAUCUCUGUCAAACCUGCCAAUCGCAUUCUGACCAUGGGAAGGGCUGUGAUACUAAUGACAUCAAUAUGGAUCAUUUCACUUUUUUCCUUCCUGAUCCCCUUCAUCGAAGUCAACUUUUUCAGCCUACAAAGUGCAAGCACUUGGGAAAAUAAGACACUUCUGUGCGUGAGUACAAACGAGUACCACACUGAACUAGGGAUGUACUACCACCUACUCGUUCAGAUCCCAAUAUUCUUCUUCACUGUUGUAGUGAUGCUAAUUACAUACACCAAAAUACUCCAGGCCCUAAACAUUCGGAUUGGUACGAGAUUUACAACGGGACAAAAGAAGAAAGCCAGAAAGAAAAAAACUAUUUCUUUGACCACUCAGCAUGAGACUACAGACAUGUCCCACAGCAGUGGAGGAAAAAAUGUCGUCUUUGGGGUAAGGACUUCGGUGUCUGUCAUCAUCGCUCUGCGCCGAGCGGUCAAACGGCACCGCGAGCGACGGGAACGACAAAAGAGAGUCUUCAGAAUGUCCCUCCUGAUAAUCUCAACAUUCCUCCUCUGCUGGACACCCAUCUCUGUUUUAAACACCACCAUCUUAUGUUUGGGCCCAAGUGACCUUUUGGUAAAGUUGAGAUUAUGUUUUCUAGUAAUGGCAUAUGGAACAACUAUAUUUCACCCUCUACUUUACGCGUUCACCCGGCAAAAGUUUCAGAAAGUUCUGAAAAGCAAGAUGAAAAAGCGAGUUGUUUCAAUAGUGGAAGCAGAUCCCAUGCCAAAUAAUGCUGUAAUACACAACUCAUGGAUAGAGCCUAAAAGGAACAAAAAGAUUACCUUUGAAGACAACGAAGUAAGGCAGAAAUGUUUAGUACCUCAGGUUGUCACUGACUAGGUUUCAGUAUUCACCAAAACACAUCAAGUGGAAUAUUUGAACAAAUUGUAGAAAAAUACUGCCAAAUAAGAGAAACUUUUUAUAACUAUUGGCGAGACUGUAUAUUUUCAAUAUCUAUGUUAAAUACAGUAGGUCUUGUAUAUUCAAUUUCUUCAUUAUGUAAGAUAUAUGUUGCAUGGCUGUUUGUUAGCGUAACACCAUGUGUAUAUUUGUCGAAAAUAUUCCAGUCCUCUUUUUUUAGAAAAUAAAUAGCCUUAAAGAAGUGCAAA